ACUACAUUUUCAGUUCUCCCUUGGAUUCGAUCGGAUUCGUGUCCUUUCCCUGAGAGGUGCAACGGUGUGAAUGGAGCAAAAAGUUACUUGUCUCCUGGAAGCGGGAAACUCCUAAGCAAAAGAUAAUUUAUUACAAGUGCUCGAUACCCGUGAUUCGAAGUGUUGAAUUUUGCAGUACGUUUCGUGGUUCUUGCCUUCUAUUCCUCAUUAAAAAUGUACGCCACAUCGAUACGUGUGCGGUUGAACUGAGUGUGAUAUUGACAAAUACAAUAUGUAUUAUAAGUUAUGAGACACACCCCAACUAAUAAUAAAUAAUACACGGCCAAAUAAAAAAUCAACAUCAGAAAAUGUGAACGGCAAUAUUGCGCUUUUACGAAAAAUUCGUUGCAAAUCUCACGACCAAGUCAUAGAAUUCUAUGACGCCUAAGGCCUAUCGCAUUCGAAGCUCAUCUUGUCUGACCUGAUAUAGAACUGUCGUUGUCUUCUCGAUUCUACCUGUACACCGGCGGUCAACAUUCGCGCGAAACGCAACAGCUCAAAGGUGACUUUUGACGACAGUCAGCUCGAAAUGGAAUCCGUAGGGCACGUAACGGUGCCGCUGAGAGUCGGCGGCAAAAAGAUGCGAAAAAGACGCGAAUUGGACGCCCUGGUGGCGCACUCGCUUGCAAAAAGUUCUGGAAAACGUCACAUGGCUGGAAACGGAAUUGCCUCCCACGACCAGCUGCUGUCCAACUCUACAGAUGAACAAGAAGACUACUCAUGGCAACCGAAAGUGAGAGCUCAGUCGCGCUGUCGGAGGAAGCGGUUCUCUUGCGUGCGCACGUGUGGUCCCCUCGUUCUAGUGUCCUGCAUUUUUCUCUCACUCGGCUUUAUGUACUGGCUGUAUUUCGAUAUCAGACAGCAGGUUUCCGAGUACCGGAUUCGAAUCGAGCAAGUGUCAGCAACCAGUCACAAUGUGCCGGAAGCCUUACAAAAAUGGCACGAAACGUCCAAAACGCUGGAACAAAAUCAGACGGCUUUGAACGGAAAGCUGCGGGAUAUUCAACAAGUGCUAAGUAAUUUCUCUACCGAGCUGAAGCAGCUUCGCGAAACCAUAGAGAAAAAGAACGAAAAUUCCCAGGAAGCACAGUUCAACAGUCUGAUGACCAACGUGGCAAACCUUGGCUCCCAAAUCAAGGACGCCCUCGCCAGAAUAACGUCCCUGGAGGAUCGCUACACGAAGGCCCAGAGCGAACAGAAAACGCUUGAAAAAAGCUUGGGUGAGCUGCAGAUCGUUUUCGCUGAAAUUCGCAACGGUUCGACCACAGCCUCAAUGGUUGGCAACAAUGUUAACAACAUAACCGAGCAGAGCAUCGCAAACAUCCGCGACCAGCUAUCCACCCAGAUCUCAAAUCUAGCGCAGAACUUCACAGGAGAGCUGGAAACACUGAAACAGAAAAACGCUUGGCUCGUCGAUGAUCUCAAGACCCACAAGACGAGCAUCGAUGAUCUGCUAGAGAGCUCAGCCAACAUCUCCUCUCACGUCAAGUCGGUGGAAAACAUUUGGGUCGAGAUGAAAACCAACCUGAACAAUCUGGAAGGUUCUGGCAAACAGGUGAACGAACAGAUCGAACUACUGCAGAACGUGACCAACACCCUGAAGGGCUCCUUAGGCACGGUUCGAGAAGAAUGCGCACAGUAUCACAGCCAAAACGACGCUAUAAAUAGUGAGAUUACGGUAAUUAAAGAACGCCUGGAGAAGGCUGAAAGAAGGGAGGUACCAACAACUGUAUCCACAGUAAACCCUACUGAGAGUCAAAAAGGAUCUAUUCCGAAAAAUCUUUCGCAACUGUUUAACAAUCCUCCAACAGAAACCACCCUUCCCAAGGCUACCCAAGCAGCUGCAAACUCGGAGGGAGUUGCUAAACCAAUGAUACAGAAAGAUGGAGCCAUUACAGGAGCAUCACCAUCGGAUGUAAUCCAACAACCAUCCGCAGUACCGUCCCCGGUCAGUAGUAGUCCGAGCACUACCUUGAGCGCUGGCAUUAGUAAAACACCAGCAGCCAGUGGCAUGUAAAAGCUGACCUUUUUGUCGGAAAGUCAGUUUAGAUGCAGCGCCGUAUAGUUGUAACACGUUUGCCAAUUUAAACAAUAUAUUUCCACAGAAGAAACAAAAACUGCAUUUGUAUGAGAGUCACGCUGCGAGUUGUUUGUACCGGUAACAAAUAAAGUGAAAUUCAACGUAAGUUGGAACCUGUUGAUUAAGUUUUAGUAUGUACCAAAGUUGUGUUUUAGUGUAGCAAGCAGUCACACAAUGAUUGCGUACCUUUUGGUGAAAAAAAAACAAAACAAACCAUUUCUCCGGAUGCGAAUGUAACUUAUGACACUGAUCGAGUAGUUGCAACAUUACAGAUUCUUUAGAUUCUUAAGAAAAACAACAAUAACAUCAACAACAACAAAAAAAUCAAAUUUAGAUACAAGAGAGAAUAAAUCUUUUACUAUUUAGCUUGAAGAGCGCAGAUUUUGAUCCCCAGUAAUACCAAGUUAGAGAAAAAUAAAUUUCAAUUUAAGCAACAUCGAAAUCUAUUUAAUCAAUUCUAUACUUAGACCGUAGAAUUAACAAUUCAGCUCAGAGAAAUAGGUCAUUGCGGCGAGUUCCUCCAGGAAAAAAAACUAACAGCCGCAGAGGUUACCAUUAAACAAUCUGUAAAAAAGCACGAAGGUGAUAGAUUAAUUGACGCAAAAAAAAACUUUUUUCAUUCGUUAGAAAAUUCUCCAGUGAAGCGUCACUGAUCGUGUGUCGAACAUUGAACUAUACUCAGUCAUUAAACAAGACAUUCCUACGUUUACCAUUCAGUCAAAUAGCACAGCAACACAUGGCAGCAAAGUGCGCUUGAUAUAUUCUUUCUCUUGUUCCAUCUACUCACGGCAAACGAAAAAACAAAACACGUAGCGAAAUUAUUAGAACCAAACUGAACAACAUUGUACUUAUUUGUCGAGGACAACUCUAUUCCAGUAGUAGACAAGCACACACACAAAAAAACAAAUUCGCAUCCUGUAGAUAAACCUUUGUAUGUCAAAGAAAAUGCUAAUCUUUUAUGAGGAGAAACUUGAACAAAAGUGCUAAAUUAAAUGAACAACAAAACGGUGUUUCUUGACCGCUGCGAGGAAGUAAUACAUUCAAUUUGAGAAAACA